AUGUUUGCGAGACCCUAUGCCUGUUCUAUAUUCAAGCGGCCGGCGGUGAAACGGCUACAGAAGCUUCCGCAGAGCCAGUGCCUCCAUGCGUCAUGUCCGCUAAGCCUACCUAGGAGAAAAGAUUUCUUCUCCUCCAAUGCAUACCUCAGCCAAAGACAGUCUCGGUCUGGUGAUGCGGCAGAAGAGGCUCUGCAAGAAGCUCAGAAACAACGGCGAAGGGGGACAAGAUCUCCGGCGGCGCCCACAUCUCUACGUCGAGUCGCCGUGGAGGCGCAGAGGUCGAGAGAUGGGUUCUUGUCAAAAGCCCAGCUCAAGGAGCAAGGGCUACAUCAGACUAAGCAAUUCAACAUCCGGAAAGUUCGGGACAUCCUACAAGAAAAAGGCUAUGAGCCCGACCCCCUCGAAACCGGCCUAUAUCCACAAGUUGUCCAUGUCCAAGUUCCCCUCGAUUCGAUCCGCCGCGUGAGUAACCCAACGACCUCCGAUUUGUCCUCGGACGAGAUUGGCGACAUCUUCGUUUUUCCGUCAGGUACGGUGGUGGCCUGGUCGCUGCCGGAGGGGUUCACAUCUUUUCUGGCGACUCGAACCUUGCUUCCAGCGGCUGAGGGGGCGCAUGUGGACGAUCUCGAGACGGAAGAUCUCGAGUAUGUUGAGGAUCCACAACGAGAGAACAGCAGCAUCAAGGGCGACACGAUAAUCCUGGGGACCAAGCCGACGGGCGUUGCAAGCGGAUCGCAACUAUCUGAACGGCAAACUGUAGAUACGGUCCUGACGAAGGUGGCCUUCUCGUCAGGACUGGCUCGAAGUACAAAGUUGGCGGUGCUGGAAACUCUUCUUGCGAAUUACUUUGAAUCCACGCGGGCGAUCCCCACACUCUUAUCGCAGGGCUCUCGUCUUCCCUUCACGAGAGACUUUAUUCUCCGGAAGACAGGACAGUUGUUGAGCGUGCGGGCCCAGCUGAAUCUCUAUUCCGAACUCACAGACUCUUUGCCAGAUCUCUUCUGGGACAGCCGACAUGAGCUGGGCCUGGAGGGGUACUACGAGCAGGUGGGAAGGGCACUUGAUGUUGGGAUCCGCAUCAAGCUCUUGAAUGAGAAGAUGGACUAUGCGCAGGAAAUUGCCAGUGUUCUCCGGGAGAGGCUGAGCGAGACGCAUGGGCUCCGUCUUGAGUGGAUCAUUAUCCUUCUCAUUGCUGUUGAAGUCGGAUUCGAAGUACUCAGGCUAUGGAAGGAGCGAGUACAUGAGAAAGAGGUACAGACCGCCAUGGAGAGCUGA